CGAGGCUCUCCCAAAACAACCCUAGCUAAGUUAAAUUCACAGCCCCAGCCAAGUCAAAUCCACAACCCCUCAAAACCAUUCUCAAUUUGCCUUCGACCUGAAGAUGGCAGCAGAGGAUUUGCUUCCCAGAGAAUACGGAUAUGUGGUUCUUGUUCUCGUUUUCUACUGCUUUCUCAAUUUCUUCAUGGCUAUCAGCGUAGGCAAAGCCCGGAAGAAGUAUAAGGUGUCUCUCCCUAACCUGUAUGCGUUGGAAUCUGAAAACAAGGAUGCCAAGCUCUUCAACUGUGUCCAGAGAGGGCAUCAAAAUUCACUGGAAAUGAUGCCAGUGUUCUUCGUGCUGAUGAUAUUAGGAGGAAUUGGAUAUCCUCUUACAUGUGCUGCUCUUGGAUCCCUGUACAUUGUCAGUCGAUAUUUCUAUUUCACUGGCUAUUCCACCGGCAAUCCUGAAAACCGAUUGACGAUCGGGAAAUUUUCAUUUUUGGCGAUCCCGGGGCUUAUGAUUUGCAACAUUUUGUUUGCUAUCAACCUUGUUCGUGGAUGAAUCCUGCAAUUUCGCUUUGAUCCUGCACACACUCACUCGUACGCUCCCCGUUUCUAAGAACUUACUUUUGGGUGGUUUUAUUUUGUGGCAAUAAGACAAAGGAGAAGUGUGAUUUUGUGGUAAUGUAGUUGUAGUAGUAUAAGCUACUUUCUAGUUUGGAUCCAUAGAAACUUUCUUGUGGAUGUUUCCAAUUUUGCUCACUUUUUGAAUAUAUAUAUGAUGCUUGGGGACUUUGAAUUCUAAUGUUGCCAUUAAGGAGAA